ACGCCCAGCGGUUAAAGGGAGACGCUUCCUUACCUCAGUAAGGCAGAAGAUUAAAGCCUUGGAUUGGAAGAGUUGCCAAAAUACGCGCAUUAGUUUUAUAGAUAUCGAGCUUGUAUAGUUUUUUCUCGUCAGCUGCUGGUGUCUCUUUCAGAUGCAUUAUAUUCGGUGACGGUUUCUGGUGUAUUAAAGCGACAGAUUAAAACAAUGAAUGGGCAAAGCCGCCUCCAACAGGCCCAGGAGGAUGUGGAGGAAGUUAAAGUUAUCAUGCUGGAUAACUUAAACAAGACUGAAGAGCGAUCAGAAAAACUCAAGGAGCUGGAUGACAGAGCUGAUAAACUACUGCAACAGAGCGAUAAAUUUGUAAAGACUGCGACUAAGGUGAAACAGAAGAAGCGCUGGGAGAAUAUUAAGUACAAAGUUAUAAUAGGUGCAGUUGUGGCUGCAGUGAUUCUUGGCAUAAUUGUAAUUAUGGCUGUGAGCUUGAGCGGCAGUGACGGCAGUCAAAACACAUCCCAAGCCACACAAUCAACAAAAGCACCAGGAGAUGGCUAGAAGAUAAGCUGGCGGACAAGAUGAGUGAACAUAAGUUGUGUUUAAAAUGCCUCAGAAUAUCACCUGGAAAGUCUUGUUUCUAGUACUUUUGUGAAAGUAAAUGAGAGUGCAGUUUCAUAGAUCGCUCUAUGUACAAAUUAAGCCUUUGAUGUAACUUUCUAUCAAGAGUAUGCUAAAAAAAAACUUUGUUGGGUGAUACAAAAAUGGUACCAAUGGUGUCACCAUCUUUUCUGCUUUCAGUUUCAUUUUCAAUGGUAACACUUAGACUAUGUUACAUUAAUGGUAACUGUUUACAUGCAUUCUUGUUGGACUAAAUGUAUUUUAAACACAAAUUAUAUAAAUCAGAGCCUAAUGCGGGUUAAAGUUUAGCAUGGAAAGCAUGUUAGAAUGUUUAGACUUUGUCAGGGUGUAGAGCAUUGUUUCUGAAUCUUGUUCUUCAAAACAAACUUUUCUUGAUUCUUUGCAUCAUCAGGGAAAAGUGUUUAUGUAAUAUUCUCAAAAAUGGCUUAUGUGUUUGGGUUUUCUCUAAUUAGUUACAGGAACCCACAGCAAUACACAUUUUGGAAAUUUUGGUCUCCCUUAUCUGACAGACCCAUUUCAAGUCUUGGAGUCUCUACUAACAAGCUGUUAAGUUUAAUCAGAUUGUUUGACUGUGGAAACAAAAUGUGUAGUGUUGGGGUUAAUCCAGUACCUGGUUUGGGACAUAUUCUGUGACUUCGGCACUUUUGUGCUAAAACUUAGGGUUUUGAAGUGGGGUUUGAAGUGUUGAGUCAAUUAUUAUUUUAAUAUCAGGGCCAUAACAACAAUAGAAAUCGAGGGGAGCAUGUUUGCAGUAGUCAGAUUUGUCAGGGAAUUAAGUAUAUUUUUGUUUUCAAUAUCCAAUUCUUAAACUCAGCUCUAUCUUGUAUGUAUGUAUGUGUAUAUAAUUAAAUGUUCCUUAUGUAAAUUUA